AUGUUAACUUCACCUUAUAUCUCUAUUAUAAAACCCGAUCGAAAUCUACUUAAUCCAAAUUUUGAGGGUUACCGUCUCACGAUAUUUGACGAUGAGGAAGGUCUUCUUCGUGUUCCACUCCCUGAGCCUGGAAUUAACAUUCCAAAGGUCCCUGUAAACUCACAGCUAUCUUACAAAGAAAUGCAUAGCCUAGUACAUUACAACCAUUUAUUCGCCGGCUUUACAGCGGAAGGUAUUGGGAACGCGUUUUAUUUUGACUCAGAGCUCCAGAUAAUUCUUGUGGAAUAUGAUCCGAUAACGGAUUCUAUUACCACGCAUCCUCUUAUUAAAUUACCAAAACCAACAACGAUAAGUGAAUCCAUAUCUAGUUCGAAUUACCCUUCUUUAAGAACUCUUUCUGCAACUUUGUUAUUGGCAUCCAAUGGCCUGGGAAACAUUUAUCUAUUAAAAGUAUCCAGAAACAUAGAAAAUCAAGUUGUAACUGCAGAGAUUAUCGAGAGUAUUAAUUUUUAUGGGCAUUCUGAAGCGAACGAUGAUACUGCAAUUAACGACGCCAUAAUUGUACCUUGUGUUCUUUUAGAUGGCAAAAUUAUUGAUGAAUCUGCACAAAUUCAUUUUAUUGUAUAUAAUGUUGUAGUUUCCAAACAUGAGUCAUCCUCACUAUCAAUAUCGUCAUCACGAGAAACAAGCAAGAAAUUAUUUGAUGUUUCUCUUCUACAAAUGUCUUUGGACGCUUCAUCAUCAGGUGCUGAAGUGAAACAUGUUCUUCGAGGACCCGAUAUUCCAUUGUAUUGUGCUCUUGAUAUGAAAGGAGAAGGAUAUAUUAUUGGAUGUGACGGCGAAUAUUCUGUAUUAUCACUAAACAAUGCCAAUAUAUCGACCUCGGAAAAAGAAAAAGAAAGUUUGGAAGAAAAACAAUGUGAUGAAGAGACAAAGGAUCCUCUUCCUUAUUUAUGGACACAGACAAAUUCUGAUGUCUCCAUCAAUUUUCAAUUGCCGCCUGGAACACCAAAGUCUGCAGUCCAUUGUAGUUUUUCCAAGACACACCUUUCAUUGACUAUAAAACUACCAGAUGAUUUUCAAGAAUCUUCAGGUAAACCCAAUUCAACAUCGAAAUCCACAUCUAUCCCUUGUUAUGUUUUUACUCCUUUACAUGGUGAAAUCGACUCUUCUGCUUCUCUCUGGAUCAUCGAGUCGAGAAUAGGAUUACUUACAUUACAUCUUGAAAAGCAGAACCGGGGAACACGCUGGAUGCAUGUAUUUAAACAUGAUGACGGAGUUUUGGAAACUCUUGAUCCAAAUGAGCUUGCUGAAUUUCGAGAACGUCUUGAGAAAUUUACAUCCAGCUCUACCGAUGGACAAUCAUUUGCCUCAACUCUUCAUCAUCCAAUAGGACAUGAAAUAGAGGAUUCUAUUGACUAUGAAGGACGAACUGUAAAUUUUCUGUGGAUUGAAAAACAAGGAAAUAUUGCGGCUAAAUUUGCUGGUGGCAGUCAUGAAUUUCUUUGUCCACAAUUCGAGUAUUUUGGGAGACGAGACAUUGAAUCAUCAAUUAACAGAUUCCCAUCUAUUUGUCUUAAAUACGAUGUUGAUGGUUUAAUCUAUGAAUUUCAACGUUCAUCUGGAUAUCCACCAAUCACUGUGACUCAUGUGUCAACAUUUGAUGCUUUCGGAUUUGUUCAAGCCUCUAAACGCGAAAAACGUCAUUUAUUUCAUGACCCUUUAAAUAAAUUUAUUAUGGUCCUUGAGGAAACUCAUCGUGCUUUUAUUUAUUGGCACACUGAAGGUCAAGCCAAACGCGCUUCCGAUAAACAAAAUGUUGUUGACAUUGUUGGAGAAUCUAAAGACGAGGAUGUCCUGGGAGUUCAAAUGGUCGCAGAUGGUGUUAUUCUGGUGCUAUUGACAAAAACAAUUGUUGGCAUCAAAUUAUCCUGA